AUUCGUCGAUCCCAAUCGCCAGCGAAGCUUCCUCUUUUUAUACUGACACACGUACGCCGCCUUUGAGAGUGCGUCACACACACACACAUAUAUCUUCACCCUCUACGCUUCCGAGUCCUCUCGAGACCCUUGGACCGUUCACUCCGAGGAUCAUCAUCUUCUCUACACCAACUUUUUUCUUUUUCUUCUUCGCUUAAGAUGCCUCGUACUUCUUCCAAAAAGGGUUCAACUGGUUCUGCAGCAUCCACCAAUCCUGCCGCCGAUUUGUUUCGUUCUGCUUCAAGUAAAGCAGCAAGUAAGGAGCUAGAACGUAUCGAUCAAUUAUUUCAUACAUAUGCAAGUUCUUCGUCUGGUAUGAUUGACCCUGAAGGAAUUGAGUUUCUUUGUUCUGAUUUGGAAGUCGAACAUACUGACGUCAGGAUAUUGAUGCUUGCAUGGAAAAUGCAGUCUGAAAAACAAGGAUACUUUUCCCUGAACGAGUGGCGGAAAGGCCUCAAAGCAUUAAGAGCUGACACAGUACAGAAAUUGAAAAAAGCACUUCCAGAACUUGAGAAGGAGGUUAGAAGGCCAUCAAAUUUUGUGGAUUUUUACUCCUAUGCAUUUCAGUACUGCUUGACAGAGGAGAAGCAGAAGAGCAUAGACAUUGAGAGCAUUUGUCUCCUGCUGGAUCUCGUUUUAGGGUCUCAAUUUCGGCCCCAAGUUGAUGCUCUGAUUCAGUAUUUGAGAAUGCAGGUUGAUUACAAGGUUAUAAACAUGGAUCAAUGGAUGGGAUUCUUUAGGUUUGUUAACGAGUUGCUUCCAUCAGAAGCCUUGUGGGGACUUUGAGGUCUGAACGUUAAAAGAUUAAUGUCUCAUCUCCUGACUUGAUGUCUUUGUGCAACAGAUAAGUUUUCCAGACUUGAGCAAUUAUGACUCGACCCUUGCUUGGCCACUAAUCCUGGACAAUUUUGUCGAGUUAAUGAGAGAAAAGCAGGGCUAAGAAGUCAGCUGUUCGGCAUGUCACUGUGUGAACCAAAUAAUUUCUUUAUCUGGAAGUAUGUUUUCUGUUUCCAUAUAGUGAAUGAAUCUUGAAAUUUGUUCGAGAUGAGUUUUGCUGAUAAUACAAGUAUCAUUCAGAUGCAGGAGAGCCCCGUUCAAGCCGCACAUGAAGCUGUGCAUACCAUUGUUCUUAAACACACCAUUGUUCUGAAAAAUGCUGUUUUCUUCCCCUCUCCCCCACCCCUCAGCUUGUAUGCUAAGAUAUAGAUCUAUUCUUUGACAUAACUAUUUGUGCUCAACAUGAAUAGUAAUAUUUACUGUAAUUUGAUAUCUUACUUUCAGUAUAAAAAUUUGGAAUUUGGUUUGAACUCA